GGUGCGCAGGCGCGGGCCCCAGGCGCUCUCUCCGGGAGGGAGGGGCUGGGCUGGGCUGGCUCUACACGGUCCGCAUUGGCAGCCAGUCGCCUGUUCCCAGCGAGAGCAGCGGAGGCAAGUGAAGGGAAGGAGUUGAAGUGGAUGAAGAGCAAAGACAGAUGAUGGAUGGACAAGUCCCGUAUCGUAUCUAUGACCCUGGUGGGAGCAGCCGUUUACGAAUGAGUGAUGUCAGCAGCGAGCCCGAGGUUAUCGAUUCCAUUUCCUACCAGCAACUGGUGGAAGAAAACCAGGUGCUGAAGGAGAGGAUGAAAGGCUUGAGGAGUUUAGGAAACCUGUUGGAGGAAUCUCAGGCUGAAGCAUUGAAGUUGCGACAGAAGGUGGAGGAGCUGGCCCGCCAGGAUUCUCUGAAAUCAACAAGUCUAUCAGCUCAGGAAAUAAAUGGCCCGGCUCUGACCAGUGAUGCACAAGCUUCUGGUCACCAACAUCAAAGUGAGUCGGACAAACGUGGCACGCUGGUGGAAGAGGCCAAGGCUGAAGUGAAGGCUUCAUCUAGUGGUUCAUCCUCUGAGUUUGAAGUCGUGAGUGCAGAAGACAAAAAAGAUACAAGUGGAGAACAGGCAGAGGUGAGUGACUCUGGUAUUUCCCUCCCUAUCUUUUCACGGGAUUGGGGUCUUUUUGUGUCCCGGGCAUCCGCGCCUGUGGGGUCGGUUUGGGCUCUGAUUGCUGUUUGUUUUGAAUUCCAGCUGUUGGAAGUGAACAAACAAUGGGAUCAGCAAUUCCGGAGCAUGAAGCAACAGUACGAGCAAAAGAUUGUGGAGCUGAGGCAGCGAUUGGCCCGGUCCCAGAAGGAGCUGAGUGAGCGCGAGAAUGGCUACGAAGAGAAACAGAGGGACUUCGACAGGAAGUUACUGCUGGCCAAGUCAAAGAUUGAGAGUGGAGAGAGCGAGAAGGAGAGGUGUCUAGCAGAGAUGAAGGAGCUGAAACAGAGGAACCAGUGUCUGCAGAACCAGCUCCUGCCCCUCACCAAACAGCGGGAAUACCAGGAAAAGGAAAUUCAGCGUCUCAACAAGGCCUUGGGUGAGGCUCUCGCUGCACAGCCAUCGAGCCCACAGCCGGUUCUGUUCAGCAACACCAGUGACUCGUGUAUGAGUGCGAGGAGGACUGAGCUCCUCACCCAGAUCGAGGUGCUCAAGCAGCAGGUGAAAAUAUUUGAAGAGGAUUUUCAGCGGGAGCGCAGUGACCGAGAGCGGAUGAACGAGGAGAAAGAAGAGCUGAGGCAGAAACUCGAGAAAGUUCAAACACAGAUGACGUUGUUGAACACGCAGCUGAGAAUCUAUCAGGAAGAUUAUCAGAAGGAGAAGUUGGAGAAGGAAAAAAUUCAGAGGCUGCUGAAGCAUCAGAAACAGGUGGCGGGUGACAGGAGGCCAUCGGACCCACCAGCUGGAGCCCCCGGGCCGUACUGCCCCCCUCCAUACCAAAUCCAAUACCCACCCCUCCCCCACCCCACCGCUGGCUUUGGGGGUUAUGACUGGCAGAUUCACUACCCACCUGCUGGACCCGGGGCACAUGCCCAAUUCCGAGGGUCGGAGUUUCCCUGGAAUGCUGCAUUCCCAGCCGCACGGAGUCCACACGCUGCAGGGACAGAUCGGCCCAAGGCUGAUGGAAAAGAACCUACAUCUCCCAGGCUCGGGAAGGGGCAGCAUUGAGGGAGGAGGAACCAAAUUAUUCCAAGCUGGCCCUGUGCAGUGCCCAGUGGUUUAACCAUCCCAAGGUGACUGCACUCUACCUUCCUUCAACAGCAGCACGGAUUGCGAGGACCUCCAUCUCCCAAGGUUGCUUGACGCUGUAGUCUUGAGUACAUUAGCAGAUACCGCAGCACCCGAUUGGCUGGGCUGGUGCUGGGGGUGGGCUGGGUGAUGAUCCCUUUUGGUUAAUGUUGGGAAGCCUUCCUCUAUUUUCAUGUGCUGCCUGUCCCCCAUCUUGUUUCUCCCUUCCCUCCAUUUUGUACAAUCAGGUAAAGUUCAAUGGCGAGAGUUGACAACCCACCAUCCACGUUUGCAGACCAAAGGUGUGAGAAAAAGGUUCUUUCAAGAGGUUCUAAAGAUUCACCUGUCAAUAUAUGACCUAUUGCUGUCUAAUCUCUCUUCCCCCAUCCAUCUCCUAGAUGUUUUAAUACCAAGUGAACAUAAAACACAUUUUACUUUACAAACCUGAAGUGGUAACCUUUUAGGGUAAGGACCACUAAUGUUUUGUUUGGACAAAGUAUUUAAAGCAUUGUUUUGUAAAGUCUGAUUUUAUUCCUUACCCCACCACCAAGGCCUGUAACCAAGGAGUAAACCCAUAGUUAGAAACCCCUGUCAGCAUCUCUCUAAUCGAACAGGAUGACUCGAUUCAAGUGUUUUGAAGCAGAAAUGAUGCUAAGUGCCGCACCUUCCCAAACCGAUCCCCUGUCAAGGAUUUUGAAAUCUUGCCUCGUUGCCUGCUCCAUUACUGUUUUUUCUGGGCCAGGAAGCCCCUGUCCCUCAGUGGGUCACCUAUUUUCUCCCAGCCUUGAUCCAGACUGGGUCCAUCUUUCAAGUAUGCUUCAUGAACUUGGGCUACGUUGUCAUCCUUUCGAAUAACUUGUGUUCAAAGGUCUCCCGCUCUCUGCCCCGUUCUUUUCUUGCCCACCGUUUCUCUACCCUUCUCCGUCUGCUGUUGGGAUCUUGCUGUGCAGAGAUGGUCCUUGAUUACAACUAAGUGUGCACUUCACAUUGGCUGUGGUGCCCAUUGGAAUGGUGAAGGGUUGUAGAUAAAUGUUUGUUCUCUCUUCCUUUUUCCCCCCUCUCAUGCUUCUGAAAUAUGGACAUUUCCUGCAGUAUCGUCAAUGCCAGUCCUAAUCCCCGUCCUUUCCUUAAUAAAGUUGGCUUUAUUAGUCUCUGCUCACCCUGCACGACCCUCCGAUUCUGCUCAGCCUUCCCCUCUCACUGCGCCUUGGAACUUGCGGGUAUCUGUCACCAGACAAAUGAUUACAAAUUGUGCUGUUGGACUAUGAUAGGCUUCAUGUCAGGGGUUGAUGGGAGACAUUUGAGUGUGAUAUUUGGAGCAGUCAGUCAAACUCAAUCUUUGUUGUUUUAAGCACCUUUUUUUUUGUUCCAAUAAACUGAUUAAAUCUGG